AGUUUACGUCAUCUCCCUGGCCAAUAAGAGUCUGUGAGAAGUCAGAGUCUCAGAGAGAACCGGAAGUCGAGUUCACAGAAAGCACUCGCACGGUGCCGGUGCAACGUCAUUUGCUUCUUGAUAAAAGAUUGUGAAAAAAUGGUGAAGAUAUUUGUGGGCAACUUGCCCCAAGAAGCAACUGAGGAUGAAAUCAAGGCCCUCUUCGCAGAGUAUGGCAAAAUCACAGAAUGUGCCAUUGUCAAAAACUUUGCAUUUGUCCACAUGGAUGACCGCAAGGAUGCUGUGAAAGCCAUCAAGAACCUGCAUCUCCACAAUCUCCAUGGCUCUGCGAUCAAUGUGGAGGCCAGCCACAAGAAGAACUACGGGGCGGUCAAGUUGCAUGUGGCUAACGUAGAGCGUGGGGAGGAUGAUGACCUCCGUGCGCUUUUUGAAGAGUACGGUAGGGUCACUGAGUGUGCGGUGAUCAAGAAUUUUGCUUUCGUCCACAUGGCAAACUCGGAUGAAGCUAUGGAUGCCAUUCAGGGGAUUGACAACACUGAGUUUCAUGGCAAACGCAUCCAUGUGCAGAUUUCCAAAAGCAGGCCCAGAGGCGAAGAGCAGGAAGACUAUCCUCCUCCUCCCCCAGAAGGUGGUGGCUUUUGGCCACCCCCGCACUACCCAGUAGACCGGCCUGAGCCCCCCCCACCAGGCUACAUGAGAGGUCGCCCCCACAUGGCCCCAGGUUACCCUGCCCCACCUCUGCCGCCACCUCCUCCCAGGCGACCUGCCUACCCUGAGCGGCCCUACGAGGGCGAGCGGGGUGGUUAUGGUGUGGUAGAUUACUAUGAAAAGUACAGAGCCCGUCCGUACGGCUACGAAGCCCAACGCCCGGGUGGCCCGCUGCCUCCGCCGCCGCCCCCUCCCCCCAGUGUUGCGCGAGACCGUCUCAUGAACCCGCCGCUCGACCCGUACGAGCGUCGGCCCCCACCACCCCCUCCUCCUCCCCCGUCUGCGUAUUAUGCCCGAGACCGCAGCCCACACCGAAGACCGCCAAACGGUGCAAUUCCUCCUACCGGUAACGGCUACUCCUACGAGCGCUCCCAUAUCCCUCCUGUAUCCCGGGUCCCACCAUACGGAGUUCCUCGUCCCCGGGACCACUACGCGGAGCGACUACCGCCCCCACCACCGCCUCCGCCUGCACGCUACUAUUAAGCAAGGCACCGACGUUUGAAGUUGAGGAUCGUCGUUCGCCUACAUUGCCAAUCGCCAUCAUCAGAUGUUCGUGACGCUAUCCACUUCCUGUCUGCGGCGCAGCGCGUUAAUGUUCCCCUUGAAAGCUCACUGGAGGAACAGAAAUGUCGACGUCUGUUUUCAUUUUGAUCCAGUUUUUACAUAGACCCCCUUUUCUAUUUUGAUUGUGCUAUUGUGAUGUAGGAAUUUUAAGGCGUUAACUUUUUUUACGUUCUGAUUUGUGACGUUUGGUAGCAGCCGGUGUUAGCCAACCUGUCAUUGAGGUAUCAAAAUAUGUUGUUUAAAGUAGUUCUGCACGUUUCUUCCUCCUUGUCGAGUUUUCACCGACCUUAGAUUAGCUAUGAAGAUUUUAACCAUCUUAAACGUUUGACCGAGUGAGGACGCAGAGCACUCGUUUGUGCUUGCAUUUUGUCCACCUUGUCUUCAAAUGAUGUGUAGUACAAAUAAACCCAACGGGGUAAAACACAA